AUGGCCUCCGUCACAUGUCUGGCUCUACAGCCCUUGACACUCACUACAAAAGCACCCAUCGUUACCGAGAAGAAAUGUGAACCUAUAGACAUGUCUGCCAGGGAUAUACCUAGAUCUCCUACCUCGACCUCACCUCAUACAUCUAAAUCACGACGCAGCUCACAACAAACAUCAAUAUCCCACUCUCGUUCAGUAUCAUGCAGCACCUCCCGCCCCAACAGUCGCCGCAGCUCCUUCCACUCAGCACGCCGGACAGUGCCCAACGGAGCCAUCGUGCCACUCCCCACAACCCGCCUCCCACCCCAAGAAAGGCGUGAAUCCCUCAUAGCCCUGCACCGAGAAUCAUGCCGACUCUUCCAAGACGAGCCUGAACGACCCCAGCUCCAACGCGCCUCCUCAGCAGUAUACAGACGGCAAAGCCGGUCCUCCGAAAAAGGCAACUCAGUCCCAUCCUCACCAAACAUCUCCUCACGAUCGAGCUUCCGUUCCGAGCCCGAGUCCCCCGGACCGCUCGCUCGUGAUCGCUCCAAUACAAUGCCCACCAUCAGUCCGGAGAUAUCAAUCCAGGUCCCGGCGACAGUGAUGGAGUGGACGUCUGACGAUACUCGACGGAGAGAGUACGAGAAGAUCGACCGGGCAAGUAGUGGGAUGCGAGGAUUCUGGCGACGAGUGGCGCCCCGGUGUUUCCAGACGCGGGAUGCCAGAACGCCAUUCUUCGAAGAGGGGAAGCCAGAGCGGGAAGGGAGCGUGAGGAGAUUCAGAAUGGAUCUGCCGGAGCCUUGUGCGAAGGCUGGAUCGAGACGACGAUGGACGGUGAUGCGGAGUAAGACGUCUCCUCUUCCUAAUGCGUGA